UGUCCCCCGGAAGUGAAGCCACGAUCGGACAGCCAGCAGCAGCACACGUGAAAACAGAAAAAAGCUAAAUAAGAGAGACCUUCGACACGAGAUGGACGUCACAGAGGUCCCAGGUGGUCAGUCUGACAGCGGGAAGAAGUGGAUGAAAAGGACACCGAAGAAGAAGAAGGGUGGACAUGGAGAAAAGCGCGGAGCGGACAGGAAGGUGGAGGAAGAGGAGGACGAGAAGAAGAUGGAGACCAGUGAGGGAGUCUUCCCCCCGAACUUCAGCGUGUCUGAGAUCAAGAACAAGCAGAGGAGACACCUCAUGUUCAUGAAGAUAAAGCAGGAGAAGAGGAAGGUAAAGCUGCAGGUGAAGAAAAAGAAGAAAAAAGAAAGGGAAGCUCUCGGUGACAAGGCACCACCCAAAGAGGUCCCAAAGACCAUAGAGAAUCAGCGGGUGUACGAUGAGACAACAGUUGACCCAGAGGAUGAGGAGGUUGCCUUUGACGAAGGAACUGAUGAGUUUUCUGCUUAUUUCAACGGGCUCACAAACCCCAAAGUGCUCAUCACAACAUCAGACAGACCCAGGGGGCGGACGGUGAGGUUUUGCGAGCAGCUGGCCACGGUGGUCCCCAACGCCCACGUGUACUACCGACGAGGUUUGGCCCUGAAGAGGGUCAUUCCACAGUGCGUGGCCAGGAACUUCACCUACCUCAUGGUCGUCAACGAGGAUCGCAAGAUGCCAAACGGUUUGGUUCUCUGUCACCUUCCUGAUGGGCCGACUGCACACUUCAAGGUCAGCAGUGUCCGACUUCGGAAGGAGAUAAAGAGACGGGGUAAAGAUCCCACAGAACACUCACCAGAGGUGAUCCUCAACAACUUCUCCACGCGCCUCGGGCACAGCAUCGGCCGGCUGUUCGCUGCUCUCUUUCCUCAAGACCCCCAGUUCAUAGGACGACAGGCGGCCACCUUCCACAACCAGAGAGACUUCAUCUUUUUCAGAUUCCACAGGUACAUCUUCAAGAAUGAGAAGAAAGUUGGCAUUCAGGAGCUGGGACCACGCUUCACCCUCAAGCUGCGCUCUCUACAGAAAGGCACCUUUGACUCCAAGUUUGGAGAGUACGAGUGGGUCCUGAAGCGCCAUGAGAUGGAUGCCUGCAGACGGAAGUUCCAGCUUUGAGCACAUGAGAGGGAUUCGGUUAUUAAGAUAUUGCAGCGGUUUGUGGAUUUUACACAAAUUGACUUUACAGCGGAUGCCCCAGAUGCUUUGAGGAAAACCAGCCGUACCUGUGAUUGCGUCACAAGUUUCCCUGAAAAAGGAUUUCUCUAAAGGUGCAUCUACAAAGACUUUUGGAAAUUAAAUGUGAGACGAGAACAGCUAGGACUUUCACCCGGUCUGCUGUCGGACAAAAGGAGGAGACAAGCAGGCGCCCCAUCAAUCUGAAACCUCUGACCGGCAUGUUUAUGUAGAAGUUGUGUUGUGUUCAAUUCCUAUGUAAUUUUUCUUCACAAGCUGUAUGUAAGUGGCCACAGUGUAACAGUCACAGGAGUUUCAAGUAAAAUACAAACAUAUUUCUAAAUAUGUGUAUACUUUUAUUAAAACUUUCAACUAUGGAAAUAC